AUGGCGAUCAUCACCAAUUCCCAGGAGGAGGGCGACGGUGAGGUGGCUGCGCCGUCUGCGGCGAAGGCCAUCAGCAGGAGCGACGAGGACGUCUUCGCGGCGGUGCUCGAGCGCACGGGCGGCCCACUCCCAUUCCUCCAGGCGGCGAUCGACGUCGCGCGGGAGCGCUCCGGCCUGUUCCGCGACCCCACCGCGGCGAGCAAGGUGGCAGCGAUGGCGAAGGCGGCCAGGGCCCAGGCGGUGGCAGCGAAGGAGGAGACAAGUAAGUUGACGGAGAGACGGAGGAACGAGGAGUCGAGGAGAGCGGCGGAUGCGGAGAGGAAGAUGGAGGGGGACGCAGAGAACACGGCGAAGGACGGGAGGCGCGCAAGAGAACCAAAUGCUGAAAAUGGUCUGGACUUGGAGAAAUAUUCCUGGACUCAAGAGUUGUCAGAGGUUAAUAUAACUGUUCCAGUUCCCCAAGGAACAAAGUCAGUGUUUGUUGUCUGUGAGAUUGAGAAGAACCACCUAAAGGUUGCACUAAAGGCCCAGACUCCAAUAAUUGACUUGCCAGAAGACACCGUGCCCCGGUUUGAGCCAAGAGAGGAGAGAGAAAUAUUCAUUUUGGACAUGUGGUGCCCUCGAGCCAAAACGGCAACCCGGUCUAGUUCGACCACAUUUAACCGACCCGACCCGGCAGUUAGGGUAUCGACGCCCUCCCGCCUUCCCUCUCUUCCCCAUCCCCUUCUCCAAGUCGGCGGCGGUGGCGUUUUGGUUGACGGCGGCGGUGGCGCAGGCUUGGCGGGCGCGGGAUUGUCAAGCGGGCCGGUGGGGGCAAGCAGAGGCCUGAAGAUGGCGACGGGCUCCGGCGCUUCCUCCUCGACAGGUUCGCGCGGACCGAGUCGACAGCCGCCGAUGGGUGGGCAGCCGCUGUGCCCUUUCUGCCGGACGACCACCAUUGUGGAGCGGACCUCCAGAACCACAAACAACCCAGAUAAGCAGUUCUACACUUGCAAGAAUCGGGACUGGGUGAGUUUUUUGUACUUCAUGUUGUUCAUUUUCGUCAACGCCAACUCCAGAUCUAGGGUUCAUCCGAAAUCUCUGCUUGAACAGGGCAACAACAAGUGCGCUUUCUUCAUGUGGAAGCCGGUGAGUGAUGGCGUCGAUGCUGCAUCAUUGACGGCCGGAGUCCAGGCAUUGGAGAAGUCUCUGUUGGCCCUGGGCAAUUUUGUUGAAGCUCAGAGUCUCCAUGUCAGUAGAAUAGCUGGGCAGCAGAGAGUGGAUAGGUGGUUGAAUGUGGCCAGUGUGUUUGUAGGAGUUGUGUGCUUUGUUGUCUUGUGCAGUUGUCUUGUGCAUCUUAAUGCAGAAGCAAGAUUAACUUUGUAA